AACCAUUUUUGAAUGCUGAGAAUAAAAAAGCGCACAACAGUGCGUAGGCAAAGAUUAAGGGCGGGGUCUUGUGUAUUUAGGAUUUAGGGCUCAAAGUCCAAACGGAAACUCCCACAUUACUCUGAAACUGAAGGAAAUGUCAAAGGAUGAAUUUGGAGUGCUUCUGUAUUACAAAUUCGCCUCCAUCCCUGAUCUCAAUUCUCUCUUCUCCUUCUACCACUCCAAUUGCAACUGUCUGGGUCUUCUCGGCCGAGUCCGUCUCUCUCCUAAUGGCGUCAAUGUCACCGUUGGUGGUUUGCUGUUGGCAUUGGAAAAACACAUAGAAGCCGUGAAGUCCAAUAGUUUGUUCCAAGGAACUGACUUCAAGGUUGCUUCUUCGCAUCAUCCUUUGAACGACAAGGUUGCUGUUGAGUGUGGCUUUACAUCUCUUUCCAUUCGUGUUGUCAAGGAAUUGGUUACUUUUAGUUCUUAUCCCCUUUUAAAUCCACCGGAGGUUUCUAAUGCUGGGAGGCAUCUCUCUGCUGCCGAGUUCCAUUCUGUUCUUCAAAGUGCUGGGCAACUUAUGAAGAAUGGAAGUCCUACCGAUGAUAAGCAGCUGGUUCUAUUGGAUGCAAGAAAUUUAUAUGAGACGAGAAUAGGCAAGUUUCAUGCUCCUAGUGUGGAAACACUAGAUCCAGGUAUCAGGCAGUACAGUGAUCUGCCCUCUUGGAUAGAUGAUAAUUCGGAACAGUUGCGAGGAAAACAUGUACUCAUGUAUUGCACUGGAGGAAUCCGUUGUGAGAUGGCAUCAGCUUAUAUUAGGUCAAAAGGUGCUGGGUUUGAGAAUGUCUUUCAGUUAUAUGGGGGAAUACAACGCUAUUUGGAACAAUUUCCUGAUGGUGGUUUCUUCAGAGGAAAGAACUUUGUUUUCGAUCACCGGAUUUCAGUUGGGAGUUCAGAUACUAGUAUUAUGGGUGCCUGCCUCAUUUGUGGCUCCUCUUACGACAAUUAUUCUUCACGCUGCCGCUGCACUCACUGCAGAAUACUUGUCUUGAUCUGUGAUAGUUGUCAGAUAAAGAGUGAUGCAUAUGUUUGUGAGUUGUGCCUGAAACAUGGUAUGGAUUUUGGAUCCAUUCCAUCUGUGGAAGAUGGUGAGCUUGCAACAGUAUUGGACAAAAAUGAUCUGAAAACUGUUUGUUCAGAUUCCAAAAUCUCAUCUCACCUGCCUUCAAGAAAUGGCAAUGCAGCUCCAAGGAAAUUAAGAAUUUUAUGCUUGCAUGGUUUUCGGCAAAAUGCCUCCUGUUUUAAAGGAAGAAGCGCGUCACUAGCCAAGAAACUUAAAAGCAUUGCUGAACUUGUUUUUAUUGAUGCACCCCAUGAGUUGCCAUUCAUUUACCAGUCUUGUACAGAAGCAAAAAAUAGUUGUGCUCCACCUACUGGACAACAUGCUCCUCCACCUGAGAACUGCAAAAGGAAGUAUGCAUGGUUGGUUGCAUCUGAUUUUGGUGGGAAGGUUGAAGCUGAUUGGAAAAUAGCAAAUCAGCCAUUCGACCCUCUUCAGUACCAGGGACAAACUGAUGGCUUUGAUGUAUCACUAGCCUAUUUGAAAAAAAUGUUCUCCGAGCAAGGACCCUUUGAUGGGAUUUUGGGAUUUUCACAAGGAGCAGCAAUGGCUGCUUUACUUUGUGCACAAGGAGACAAGCUAAAGGCUGAAAUUGAUCUCAGAUUUGUGAUAUUGUGCUCUGGAUUUGCUCUCCCAUUGGCAGAUUUCUGGCAAAAGCCCAUUAAUUGCCCAUCACUUCAUAUAUUUGGUAGUGAUCCCCGCAAGGACAGACAGAUAACAAGCCAUACCAGCAGAUACCUGGCAUCAAGAUUUGAAGAUGGUUGCUCUGUUAUUAUUGAACAUGAAUUUGGUCACAUCAUUCCAACUCGGUCUCCAUACAUGGACAAUAUAAAGGACUUUCUUCGACGUUUUCUCUGAUGUAUUAGAUAUGUAUUUGACUAGUUUUUUUAUUCUUCAUUUCUCUGUUUAGAAAUGAGGUCUGACACUGGAACUGAAGAGAUUUAGUCUUUCAAAAUGAGCUAAUUGUCCCAUGUGCAUGCUAAUCAGCUAGUUAAUUUUCUGUCAGAAA